AUGCCCAAAAAAGACCAAGUAGAUCCAUUCAAAUCAUUUAUUGCUGGAGGUACAGCUGGUGCCGUGGAGGGAGUGAUCACCUACCCUUUCGAGUUUGCCAAAACUCGUUUACAACUCAUUGACAAAUCGGCCAAGGCCACUUCAAGAAACCCGUUAAAAUUAAUCUACUCCAUUGGUAAAACUCAAGGGAUUGGAGCAUUGUAUGUCGGUUGUCCGGCAUUUGUUGUUGGAAACACAGCAAAAGCAUCAGUACGAUUCUUGGGAUUUGAUUACAUCAAGAAUUUGCUAGUUGAUAAACAGGGUAAAUUGUCGGGUCCAAGAGGGGUGAUCGCUGGAUUGGGUGCUGGGUUAUUGGAGAGUGUGGUUGCCGUGACGCCAUUUGAAGCAAUCAAAACCGGGUUAAUCGAUGACAAACAACGUCCACAACCGAAAUAUCAGCUGGGGUUGAUUAGUGGAACCGUGAAGUUGGUUAAGGAUAUGGGUUUGAGGGGAAUUUAUUCUGGUGUCGUUCCCGUCAGUUUGCGACAAGCGGCCAAUCAAGCAGUGAGGUUGGGGUCGUAUAAUGCUAUCAAGACCAUGAUACAACAAGCUACGGGAACUAAACCCAAUCAGCCUUUGAGUUCGGCUGCUACAUUUGCAGUGGGCGCUUUUGCUGGUAUUAUUACCGUGUACACCACCAUGCCUAUAGACACGGUCAAGACAAGAAUGCAAGCGUUGGGAUCAGAGAAAUUAUAUAGGUCGACUUUGGACUGUUUUGUCAAGAUUUUCAAACAGGAAGGAUUGUUGACUUUUUGGAAGGGAGCUACUCCAAGAUUAGGAAGAUUAGUUUUAAGUGGAGGUAUUGUAUUUACUAUUUAUGAGAAGAUGUUGGUCAUUUUGCAUUAA